AGACUUGGCCACGUCUGUCGACCGUCAACAAGACCAGAGAUUGUCUGCCGGCAUGUUGGUGUCGCUCAUAUGCCGAGAUCCAUCUGGCACACAAGAGGAUGACAUGGCAGUCACGCAAAAGAUGGUUGACACUGUAUGUGUGGAUGCAUUAACUGUUUCUUCCUACGCACGCGCAUCAGUGUAUUUGCACGUGUCUGGUCAUCUGACUGUGAAGCUGUAGUGCGAUCGAGGAAGUAAACUGUUUUCAAGUUUCUGCUCCCAGUUCGUAGAUAUCAUCAAGCAGUGAAAUCUCGUCCACUUGCUGCGUUGUUGUAGACACGAAGUUGUACUACACACGUCCCGAGUCGCUGUACCCAGGAACUAAUAUCCUGUACACAUCCGAGCUCUACCUGUGGUCCGCCUGGUGCCCGAGGCCGAGUCUCGCCCAAGUCGCGAUCUCACGGUGCUUUCAAAAUGGCGACAGAAGGAGGCCCUUGGCCUAACACGAAGGACGACUAUGAACUCCAGGAUGUUAUUGGUGCUGGAGCGACAGCUGUUGUUCAGGCAGCCUUGUGUAAACCAAGAAAGGAACGCUGUGCUAUCAAGCGCAUUAACCUGGAAAAGUGCAACACAACUGUAGAGGAGCUUCUGAAAGAAAUCCAGGCAAUGAGCCAAUGUAAACAUGAGAAUGUAGUGUGCUACUACACAUCAUUUGUUGUCAAGGAAGAGCUGUGGGUAGUCAUGAAACUCUGCAGUGGAGGCUCCAUGCUAGACAUUAUCAAAGCAAGAAUGCGGAGUGGCAACUUCAGGAAUGGGGUGCUGGAUGAAGCAACCAUUGCUACUGUCCUUAAAGAGGUCUUAAAAGGAUUGGAAUACUUUCACAACAAUGGACAAAUUCACAGAGAUAUCAAAGCUGGCAAUGUAUUGCUUGGAGAUGAUGGGUCUGUAUAUGUCGCAGAUUUUGGUGUAAGUGCAUGGCUGGCAACUGGUAAAGACAUGACUCGGGAUGCUGUGAGACAUACGUUUGUUGGCACACCUUGCUGGAUGGCACCGGAAGUUAUGGAACAGGUUACAGGUUAUGACUUCAAAGCUGAUAUUUGGAGUUUUGGUAUCACAGCCAUUGAAUUGGCAACUGGUACUGCUCCCUACCACAAGUACCCUCCCAUGAAGGUGCUGAUGCUUACACUGCAAAAUGACCCUCCGACUCUGGAUACAAGCGCUGAGGAUAAAGAUCAGUAUAAAGGUUAUAGCAAAAUUUUCCGCAAAAUGAUCAGCGAAUGUCUCAAGAAGGAGCCUGAGAAAAGGCCAACUGCCAAACAGCUGUUGAAGCACGAGUUCUUCAAGAAAGCUAAGGACAAGGAAUAUUUGCGAAAGGCAUUGAUGUCUGAAGGGCCACCAUUUAAAACGCAAAAGGUGAAACGUGUGCCUGGCUCAAGUGGUCGUCUUCACAAGACACAAGAUGGUGGAUGGGAAUGGUCAGAUGAGGAGUUAGAUGAGAACUCAGAAGAAGGACAAGCAGCUGUAUCAAUCGGCCGGUCUCCCAGGGUGAAAAUUCCUCCAGAAGAGCUUCCAGAUGGAAAUCCCGAUGUUGAAACUACAGAAGAGAGCCCAGAGGCAGCUGGUGAGACCUCAUCUUCUCAGCCCCCACCUUCCUCUGCUUUGCCGGCAGCAGCUCCAGCCCCUGUGUUGGGUGCAAGUACUGAUUCAGAUAUUUCAGCAUCAACAUCAGAACCAUCUGUAGAUGCUGCUGCAAUAAUUGGUGAUGCAGAGAGCAAGUCGGUUAACCUUGUUUUAAGACUGAGGAAUGAGAAACGAGAAUUAAAUGACAUACGCUUUGAUUUCAAGCCUGGGCAAGACACUCCAGACAGCGUGUCCAGAGAGCUGGUAGAGGCCGGGUUGGUCAACGGUCGGGACAUGAUUGUUGUGGCUGCAAACUUACAGAAGAUAGUAGACAAUCUCGAGUGCAAGAGCAUCACAUUUGCAUUAAAUUCAGGCUGUGGUCCCAACGAAGCACCAGACGACAAGUCAUUGAUUGGUUUUGCACAACUCUCCCUAACCGAGGAAAGCAAGGGUAGUUAACAACAACCCUCCAUUCCGAUGAUCUCCCUUGCUUCCUGCCUGCCCGUCUGCCUUGCUGCAGCACUCGCUGCCUGUACACAUAUAAUGUUGACAGUAACUGGCUCCAUCUUCAGACUCACCUGUGAUACCUCUUGCUGGAGCUUGCUCUUUCACUCUCUUCUCACUUUCCUGCACCAGACAAGUUUUGGACAAAAGAUGCCAAGAGUCAUAGAACUGCGAUUGUGGGACUGCAGCUCUAAAUGUGCUGUGCAACUUAUGUCUCAUGCCAAAUUGAAAUGUGGACAUUUUCUAAGCUGCUUUGAUGUUCCCUCUCCCCACCUUUCCCCCCAUCACUGCUUAGUUUUUCACAAAAAAAGAAAAAUGGUUAUUUGUAAAAGAUAAAACUGGUUAUUUCUAACAAAAUAUAUGUAUAUAAAAAGGCAUAGGGUAGGGGAUGAGAAGCAAGAUUUUGUCAAGAAUUCAGAUUUCUAGAUCCAAGUACAUGGAUUCUCUUAUUUAACUGUAAUCAGUAAACACUGCUUUGUCUUUGCAAACUAGCAUGAGUUUGACUCUCAGGAUUUGUCUGAGACGUCAUCAGCAAGCUUUGUGCAGAGACUAAAUUAAUGUCAGUUUAAACUUAUCUCUGGCUCAGAUGCUUUACAAUAGUGGUAAGCUUUCAAUUGAGUCUCUGUGAUUUGAUACGGUUGUGCCUACUCACAGACCAUCUGUCCUUAAAUAAUAAGUUUAUGGGAAUCACCUCUGCAGUCUGCUGCCCUAAAGGCUUGUAGAAAUUCAUUUAGUGAUAUCCCCAGAAAGUUUUUUUUUCUUUGUGACUGAUAGGAAUGACACAACUUUAUAAACUUUGUCUCUUAUCAAAGUGAUUACAAAAUGCAAAAGAACUAGGCAACCUUUAAGACAUCACGUAUUUGAUUUGCUUAAAAAUUAUUAGCAUAGAUGUACAUGUUACUGUGAUAUUAGAGAAAUGCUCCACAAAGGAAUUUUUUUAAGCACUUUACUGGAUCUAUCCAUUUUCUACUUAAAUAUCCUUGAAUCAUCUCACAUUGAUUUGAUGGUCAUGUUGGCUGUGGCAUUAGGAUCAGUCAUUAGUGAAGGGCAGGAACGUUAUUACAAUCAAUAUGUAAUGAUAGUGGCAGAAUUUUAAGAGAUCUUGUAGUAAAUAAUUUUGAGCAAACUAUCAGAAACUGUUUAUGCUGGUGCUAGCUAGGACUCCUGGCUUACCCCAGUCCUGCAGACUAUUGUCUGUAACGAACAAAUGUAAAUCUGACAGUAACAGUAGCUCAUAUUUUCAGUUGCUGGCACCAUGCAUGUGAGAAGUUAAAGAGUCUAUCUAAAUACACCCAUUUCCAUUCUGCCUUUGAGGGAGGUAGUUUUUGGUGUAUAUUUUCAUGACAAUUGUUAUCACUUAAUUGAUGUACAUAAUGAUUUUCAUUAUGUUGACCUUUUCAUUACGUUCCGUCACACACUGCAGCAUACAUAGCACGACAGCUUUGUUUGUUUAGCAUUGAUGUUGAACCAACACUUGUUGAUAAAAUAUCAUUUCUGACUUUGUUUGCUUUGUAAAUUGUAAUUAAACUUGUAUUUUUUAGUGGCAUGAUGGUUUGAUUGUUGCCUCUUUCAUGUGCUUUUGACCAAUCUGUCUCUUGAAGUGAUAACUCCUUACUAUUUGUAAGGUUUCCCCGAACCCGUUAUUUCGCUGUUUAGAGAGUUAGUCAUUUUGUUAAAGCCAGAUUUUUAUUUUAAGUGAUAAAAAAACUCUAAGGGUGAACGGGUCAUGAAAUAAAAGGAAGAGAGAUGGUUGUCAGAAUGGUAAUUUCUUUUGUCUGUCACUGCCUUGGUUUCAUGCUACCUACCUAGCUGGACAGGUCAUAUUUUUUUACUCCUCUUAUGAAGAAGAUAUGCUUAAAAAUCUAUUUUUUAAAAAAGGAUGAAAGGGAAGUGUCUGAUAAGUUGAGUAUAGGGUUUAUGAACAGGCUGAGAAUUCUAGAGAUUUUAAUGUGUUGGUGUAAGAUUGAGUUACGAAGAUAAGAUGUCAAAAAUCAUAAAAUUGCAUUUAUGAAAGAGAAGUAUCUAAUUGAGCAUUGUAGGUAGUAGACACUCAAAAUUGUUUGAAAAUAAGUUGUCAGUUUAUAUAUUUGAGAGUCUAUUAUGAACUUUAUUUUGAAAAGGGUUCGAUGUUCCAGUCAUUUCUUUUUCUUGGGCUGUAAAGGAGGUUUGGCCUGACUCGGUAUUUGAUAGAGCAUUCUGUUAGCUGAAAUUUUCACUCCCCUUACCUUCUAUGCUGGCCUGGCAAGAAAGUGUGGUCAAAAAUAGAAUCAUUCACACUGUCAAAGGUGCCUAGGAAGCAGUUAAUUGUGAACGAUAAUGAUUGAAAUAUUUUCAGCCUCUAAAAGGCCAGCCAAUUAUCCUCAUUCUUAUGAAAGCUGUAUGUAUUAAUGCACAUAGCUACUGGAUUUGCUGUUAGGGGCACAUGUUCUUCUGGUACUGAGCAGCAGGCCUGCUUUCAUCUUUGGCUAUAAAGGCAGUAAGUGCUGAUGAAAGUCAACCUUUAAUAACUGAAACAAGGAGCUUUUCAAUGUGUAAAUCUGCUUAUAACAUUGGUAACAAUAAUAACCAUGUGUUGGAAAAAUUGUGGCCAUGGGUUCUUGGUAGUUUGGGUGAAAUAGAGCUAAAACCAAACUGCCAUGGGGUGCAAUUUAUUUUGCUGACUUAAUAUUUUGCUUUUUGAGAUUCCAUUCUACAGUAUUGAAGUAGUUCUUUCUUGUUUUUUUUUUUUUUUGUUGUGUUUUGCAGUUUUAACAUCUCCAAAUGGUUAUGACUUAGGGAGUAGUUAAGGGGAAUUAGUGGUUGUAGCAUGAGUACUUGAUUUUUGUCCUUCCUCGGAAAAAAACAGAACUUUCAUGUCCUAGUUUUUAAUUAUUUUGUUCCCUAUAGAACAGUACAGAAAUACAUUUAGUGGGGUGGUGUAACUGCAUAUACAGCAGUUUCUCAUUUUAUUUUAGUGUUCACUAGCGUACAGUCUGUUUAGUGGGAAAAUGUUAAUAAGAGGUAACUUGGACUGAGGCUUUUUAAAAAUCUUGAAACCAAUGAAUACUAAUCAUAAAGGCUAUAAUCUGUAACUUGCAUACAACUGAAGAGCAUACUUCUGGCUAAAUUGAAAUAUACAGCUUGCACUAUCAUGUAUGUAACUUCAGCUACAAGUCUUUAUAAUCUCUUUCCAGCUGUACUAAUAUUUAAUAAUGUCAUUGUGUCUGACAAGAUGUGUCAAUGGACAUUCUGACCUGCAGCUUGUUCUUUUUGGGCUUAUGAAGUGUGUGCCUUAGUUUCUCUUCUUUUUGUCUAAGACUAAACAGUUGUGAAAGUUCAUUGUUGACAUAUUUUUAAGUAUUGGUUGCUGUAUUUAUAUCUUCUUCAUUAAGGGUUUUUAAAGGAACUUGGAUGUUCAGUGCUGCAAUCAAAGAUGUGGUCAGAUGUUCAUAUAUAUGCCACUAUGGCACCUGGGUAAAUCUCAAUCAAUUUAAAGAUAAUGAGGUUGGUUUUUUUUUUGAAGUAUAGUUGUAUUAGAAUCUUGUUUGCAUAAAGGGCAAAGUCGUUUUCACUAAAAAAAAAUUUCUGCAAAUUUUUGAUGCAGUUAACCUUAAAAUUUUAUUUGAUGAUUUCAAAGGCCAUUAUUUCAAGUUAAUUACCAGAUAAUUCUCAUUAAGAACUAUGGUAUUUAGGGUAUAUGACAGUGAUUAAAUAGCAGGGUUUUAGAAUGGAAGUCCAGAAAAUAAACACUAGAAUUAGUCAUGGGAUAUUUUAUGGGUUGUUUCACAAAAAGUUGUUGCUAGAGAACAAAUAAGAAUGAAAACCCUGCUUUUUUUUAAUUAUUUUGAUUGGGUUGGGGGGACAUAUCAGUAAGGCAUGCGAGUGCAUGGCUGUUUGUAGUCCAAGAACAAAUGAAAGCUUCUGCCACAUCUUGCAAAAAUAGAAAGGUCUGUUUCUAGAAGCCCAAUGUUAGCUAUACAUGUUGUGGGUUAACUAGCAUGGCAGUGUUUAUUAUUCAACUAUAAAUGCAGUAUCUGCAGCUUAUAAAAGAACUUUUUAUGAAAAUAACAUUUUUGUAAUAAAUCACAAGGAGUUAUGACAUAUACUCACUUUAUUUAGAGUGGUUACAGUAUUUGCUGCACAAGUUCACUGCAAGGAGUAGUGACUGCAGAAUAUAUUGGUGAUGUCUGCUAACACAAGUUAUCAGAUGUUCCAAUGGAGAUUAUUUUUCACGGUUUAUUUAUCAUAGUAUUAUUGCAUAGCCAGUAAAGCACACAUCACUGCAGUGCCAUACCAGCAUCAAUUAUUACAAUGUUGAUAUUGGUCAAUGUAUAUUCCAUAUGUCUAAAACAUACUGCAACAAUUCCAAUUAUGUCGCAUAUCUUGAUCCACCAUUAUCUUUGAUGAGCAGAAUGGUGCUCUGGACUCACAGAGGACAGAUCACUUAUGUAAUUUAGAACGAGAAUGUGAAGUGUAUGCAUUCAGUUAAUGUCUUGUGUUUGGAGGCAUUGUGGUCAUCAAACGCUAACCUAAGCAAAAAAAAAAAAAAAUGUCUUCAGUGAAAAUGUGAACUAUACAUCUCACUGGGAAAGCAGACAAGUGGUUAUAGCACUGUUGUCUGAUGCUGAAGGUGUGCAUGCUAGCUGGUUAAUAUCUGUGUGGCACAGCAUAUUUUCCUAGUUUCCUCAGCUGUUAACUGGGUACCUGAUCCUAAAGAGGGCUGGGGUAGGAUAAGCAGAGGGGGAAGAGAUGGACACUAUCCACAAACAGCUGUCUCCCUUACACCAUCCUCACAAGUAGUUGACCCCCUUGCCAUCUAACUCCCCCCUCAAGAAGACAAAAAAAAUUCAUUUAAUUAAACAGCAUGUUGUAAUGUUCUGGUGGUGAACAAGAUCAACUACAGCACAGGACACGUUCAAAAUCUGUCAUGGAAAAAGCCCCUGCACAACCAGUAAAAGUGGCAGAAGCAGAGGGUGUUUACUUUCAUUUACUCGAGACAGAAAAACAAUUUUGAGUUGCUACCCCUUUGAACUCCCACGCACGAAACCCUUAAAACAAGAGUCUCAUCCCAUUAAAGAAGAGUCUCUAACCCCAUUAAAAAGCCAAGAGCAAAAUAAAUAUUUUAUACCAAAUUAUUGAAUGAGGCUCUGUAGUCUGGUGGCAGAGGAGCAGAAAGUUACUGGUCUGAGACAUUCUCGGGGCUGUGUGCUUGAAAAAAUAGCUAUUGAACAGAAAUGAGUACCUGGUUGCGAGGUGGCAAAAGGGGAGGUUGACCUUCACUUUACACAUGCCAUGCCCAAGACAUCGUGAAUCAUUUAUGGUUCCCUGCCCUUUAUUGCCACUAGACCAUGAGACUCUUUACUAAAUGAUUUGGCAGUAAAUUUUUUUCUUAAAUUGUGUUGAAGCAAUUUUCUGCUAGUUUCUUUUUUCUUAUUUCACUAAAAUUGGCUAGCAUCACACCCUCAGCAGGCAGAAUGCCUAGCUCGUUCUUCAUCCCUCAUAGCUGUGUGUUGUUUUGUCAAACAUCACAUCUUAAUGUUGGUGGCAGUGUGCAUGUGGAGGGGUGAACAAGACAUUCCCUCCCCCAACCCAGUCCUUUUGCUUUGUUGACAUUGACCUGCUUAUCUUGCAGUAUAUGCCUUGUGGAAGGAAACUUUGUUUUCCCACUACUCCAUCUCCAGAUUAAAUAAGGGUAAAG